CAUCGAUGUCUCCACCUACUUUGGUUUUGGUUUUUCAUGAUGGCAUAAACAUUAUCUGGAAACGUACAUGAAACCGCAACCGCCGAGCUGGUGCACCGCUGCAACCGACGAGGACGUCUGCCCGCGCCGCCCAAUCGAUAUUACCGCUCGGCGAGGGAAAGAGCAGCGUGGAAACUCAGCAACAACGCGGCGCCGCCAUUGAGAAAGCAAAAAAGAAAAGCGUGUGCUCCCGCACACAACAAGAAAAACACACAGAAAAAGGGAGUGAGAAAACCGAUUCGAGGUCGCCGGAUGUGAGAAUGUCGCAAGCAGUGGGAGGAUCAGUCGCCGGAAUGGAAGAGCUUGCACCAGUCAACCAGUCGAAACUGCCGGAGGAUUUCCAGGACAAUGACACCAAUAGUCUGGAGCCCGGCGAAGUGGUGACCCCGCCCCAUCGUCAUCCAGGGAGUCCUGCCCUUCAGAAGCAUUUAUCCAAGGAACUGAUGAUCAGCAAAUCGCUGCGAAAGAUACCCGCUGGGAUCCUGGAAAACGGCUCGUCGGGGACUCCGCAGAAGCAAGCGGAUGAGGCAGACGACAGCGAAGGUCUUUACUCGGAUUCGGACUCCUCGGGGGAGGAUCUCAAGAACCUGGAGGAUGUGCAGAAGGCCAGGAAGGAGAAACAGGAAGAGGCUGCAGCCGCCGCCCUUCCGCAAGCACCUCCCACGCCGUUCCUGGGAAUAAAUCCUUUAAGAUUCCAUAUGCGUGCACCUUGUUUUGAGUUUCCCAGGAUGGGCUUUAUGCCCCGGAUGGCUAGGGGCGGACCCAGAGGCAUGCGACCGCCGUUUUUCGGGCGCCCUCCUACGCCCAACCGCAUGGGAUCACCCAUGAUGGGUGGGCCACCAUCCCAAGGACCUCCGCCGGGAUCCUUUGCGGCACAGGUACCACCAGGACAAGGAAAUACCAGCAAUUUAGGACGUUGCAAUCGACCCCAAUCGGAUUUGUUAUGGACAGCCUUACAGCCGCCCGUGUCAUUUGUCUUCAAUUUAGUUUCCGAGUGCUCGAAUUCCAAACAUGAGAAUUGCAGAUCCAAAGCGGAAAGUGGAGCACCCAAAUCCAAAGAAGCCAUCAGCGAAACAAAGGACAAAUCCAUAGACAAACCAAAUGAACAAUCCAGGGGCAAUACCAGGGAAAAAUCCCAGCACAAAGGAAAAGCAAGGGAAAGAUCACGGGGGAAAACUAGGGAGCGGUCCAAGGAAAGAGAUUCAACCAGAGGAAAAAUUAGAGAAAAAUCUAAGGACAGAAAUUUAAACAGAGGUAAGACAAGGAAAAUGUCGAAGGAGAGAGAUUCAACGCAAGGAAAAACCAGAGAACAAUCCCAUGAAAACAAUAAGUUCAGAGCAAAAAAGAAUGAUAGAUCCAAGGAGACAGAUCAAAGAGGAGGUGAAACUUGGACGAUAGAAAAUGAAAAAUCUCAUGUAAGAGAUCAAGUUAGAGAAAAAACAAGGGACCGAUCCAGGGAGAGAGAUCAAACUAGGAUAAAAAUACCAGAAAGAUCGCAGAGCAGAGAUCAAACCACAGGAAAGACAAAGGAUCGACAACACAGCAGGGCGAUAUCUAAAAAAAGGUCCAGAUCCAGAGAGAAACGUACAGAAAAAUCCACGGAAAGACGAGGCGAUAGAGACUUAUCCAAAGCAAAGCUAAAAGAACAAUCUACAGAGCAUGGUGAGAAAUCUAAGGAUGAGAGCAAGGACAAAUAUAAAGAAAUGCAAGAGAAAAACGAGAGUAAAAAGCAGCGCGAAGAGUCAAGCGAAAAUAUUAGAAAACAAUCUAAGGAAAUAGUGCAAGGGAAAACCACUGAAAGAGUUCAAGAUAAGGCAACAACAGACAAAUAUGAAGCCAAACAAAAGAAAGAUAUAGAUAAUCCUAAAGAAAAGUCAUCAGAACGUAUGAAGGAUAAAUUGUCGGGACUAUUACUCGAAACAUCAGAAGAACUUUUCAAAGAUAAACGAUCCAGAGAGAAAUCAACAACGAAAUCCUUGAAAGAAAGCGGCAAGGAUAAAUCCAGAGAUCAUUCGAAGGAAAAGCCUAAGGAAAGGAAAGACGAUAAAUGCAGAAAUCUUUCGAGGGAAAAAGAGUUUGGGACUCCCAAGGAAAAGGAUGUGGAAAGGUCCAGGAGAGCAUCAACUCCGCAUGAUUCCUUUAACGAAAACUCCAAGAAAAGCGACCACAAAGUAAAGAAAAAGGACCAGGCUCCUUCCUCGUGGGAGGGGAGAGAAGGAACUCCUCCCACUACGCCGCCUCAGGUGUCUCAGACUCCACCUGCGGAAACCCCAAGGCCCAAGGGAUACGAUAUAUUUGCCGAUUCACCUCCAAGAUCAAACACUGCCGUUACAGCUCCAGCUGUAUUUAUGGAAAGAAGCACUACGCCGCCUUUAAAAAUGAGUCCGGUUUCCAUACCAAUUGUGCCCAUCUCCAAACCCGAUAAAUUGGCCCCACUGCUCAAGGCUAGCGAGAUUCACAGCAGGAUUGGCGCCCUGCUCGAGGAUAGCGACUUACACUUGGAGGCCCUGUUGGCUACCAAAGAGCAGCUGUUCCGCCGCACCAAUGAAUACAAGGAGAGAAAAGAGGCGCCAAAGGAGAUUAAAACGGAACCUCUGCCAAAUAGUAGCUAUAGGAAAUCUGGUGGUGAUAGGGCAGAAAUGGUUCACAAUAGCAGCCAACCAAGACAUGUAAAUCCGUUCAAGCGUGAAUCAGUAUUAAGUGGAAGGAAAUCUUCCCCGCGUGCUUUAAGCAAGGAAAGGCGUCUUCAAAGAAACGACAGUCAGAGUGAAGAGGAUUGGGAUAAGGAACUGGAACUGGAACAAGAAAGAGAUCUCGCACGUGGCAGUCAUCGAAGUGGUUUCCAACCAGGGCGCAGUGAUGAGUACAAACACAUCAACAUAAAGAUUGAAAAAAAUACAACGCCACCGCCCCAAAAAACAACCCUCACUGUUACUACCAUCAAAAUCGAACGCAAUGCCACGCCCCCCAGGGAGGUGGAGCGACAGGUCCUGGUCAGGAAUGGGGCUGUGGCUGCCAAUGCACCUCCCCCCGCAAAUGAGCAAGAAAGUCCUGAUACAGACGACUACAUUGACAACUGGGAAAACGACGAUUCAAUGACCAGUAUGCCGAAGAACGCUCCGCCCGCUACUCCGACUCCGACUCUGACUCCUGCUCUCAAUCUCAAUGCCUCUCUGAAUGCCACGCCCCUGCCUCCGCCAGCUACUCAUUUUAAUGGUGAUGAUGAGGAUUCGAAUGCCCUGUGGAAUGCCAACAGCACACCACCUCCUCGAACCAAGGUUGCGAACCUGCCUACGAGCAAUAUCCAUGAGUUAUAUGACAAGUUCAUGAAUAGUAUUAAGAUGUCCAACGAGGUUUUGGAGACGGAAACCCAAAAGGCCUCCAAAAACAGUUCCUUGAGUAAUUCCACUGCCGACGAAAGUUCCUCGGGCACUGAAACUUCUUCAACAAGUAGCAGUAGUAGCGAAUCUGGCGAUGACUCGAGUUCAGAAGACGAAGAUGCCAAUGGGGAUUCUUCGGAUGAGGGAAACCUCCAAAUAACGGGUAAUUCUAAAACGAAUCAAGAAGAUGUCCCUGGAAAAGAGCACCAGCAAAAAAAGAACAGUGUCAGCAAGGAUCUGCGCAAACUGAAAAGUCUCGAGGACAAUCUGGCCAGGAUUCAAAGGAUGCGGGAGAAUUACGAUGCGGGCGAUGAGAUUUCCGAGGAGCUACUCAAAAUGGAAUCCCUAUUUCUCAUGCAGCGCAAUGCCAUAAUGGACAAGUAUCGCAAACAGGAACUGAAGAGCAGUGCAGGAGAAGAUCAACAGCCAAUAGAUGAACCAGAAAACCUUCAGCACCCGGUGGAGGUUCAGCAGGCUGCCUUUCCUGUAAACAAUAUCUUCGAUGCCAAUCGUGAGGCAAUCAAGCUGACCAUCUCGCCUCUGAAACUCACAAGGAAAUCAGCAAUUUUCGAUAAGGAUGAACCAGAACAACCAGAACAAUCCAAACUCGCGAAAGAGCCCCUUAAGCCAGCGCUGCAAAAACCACCCAAGGAGAUUGCCAUUGUUAAACCCACAAUUGUCAAAUCCCGAUCGAAGCCCAGAACACUGAGGAGUCCACCACCGCCGACAGGGCAUCGUCGCAGGUCUCGGUCGCGUUCUAUCUCCAGAAACAGAUCACGUCGUCGCGGUUCGAGGCCGAAGUCACGUUCCCCGAGCCCCAGACGUUGGCGUCCUCCGUCGCCGAGGAGAGGAUCUAGGUACGCCAAGAGGAUCGGAGGUGUAGGAGGAACCAAAAUAGGGCGAAGUCACAGCAGGAGUGUGAGUAGGAGUCGAACGCGCAGCAGAAGUCCAAAUAGAUGGAGGAACCGUCUGCCACCGAUAGUUGGGAAUCGGAAACGUGGUUCUUUGUCUCCUGUUCCAUCGAAAAUGGCUGGACCCCGGUCACCACCUCCACCCUGCCUCCGUCACUCGCUAAGCCGGGACAGAGAACGAGAACGGGAGCGGGAACACUUCUCCCGGUCACGAUCCCCGCUGCUUUUUAAACCACCAUCGCCGCCCAUGCGACGCAGUUGGUCCAAAUCCCGCUCACCAACCAGAAGGAGAUCCUACUCCAGGUCGAGAUCCCGCUCCAUAUCGCCAAGAGCUUGUUCACCCACAGGUGGAGAUUUCUUGAACUAUUUCGAGGAGAAUCAGGGAAUGGAAAUGGAAGCGGCCGCGUAUUACUACAACAUGUCGCUGACGCAGCAGGAGGAUCAGGACGCGAUGGGAGAGGGCUAUGAUAUGUAUGCCGCCUACAUGGACUCCGCCUAUAACAUGGAACAGGCUUAUGCCCAAUACUCCGAGGACUACUCUAAUUCCUUCGGGGACUAUAUGGGUGGAAUGGGCAGUGCAUCCUCACCUCAGCCACUGGGUUCGGUCCUCAGGGAGCUUCCCAUGGCACCAAUGGUUUCCAUGGAAUCCACGGAACCGCUGACUUCAAUGGAACCGAUGUUGUCAACGGUACCAAUGGUUCCCAUAGGAUCGGUGGUUCCGGUGGCGGUGCAAAAGGGAAACGUUUUGGAAAUAGUGCCUUCGGGCGAGGGUAUUAUAAAACCGGAGGAGAACGUACUGCCAGCUGUAAUAGAGCAGCCAAUUGAGGACAACAGUAAACCCAAGCGGAAGAGCGUCAACUUCGUGGACAACGUGCUGCCCACUUACGAGAGCGAUAACGAGGACCGCGCUGUGGUUGGAAUCGCGGUGGAACGUGCCCUGCGGCAAUAUCAGGACCGUCGCUCCCAGGCCACCGCCAAACUGCAACAGAUUCGCGACGAACUGCUUGGUAUGCCUCCGCCACCGCCGCCUUUGACACCCAAGCCAGCCAAUCUAGAGAAACCCGUGCUGGUGCAAAAGAAGCCCAAGUUCCGAUACUUCCACUUCGACCCCAUCAAAGGAGGAAUUGUGAAGUCUUACUCACGAAUCCUACGUUCACCCAGCCGCCCGCCCUUCGAUCCCAAGCACUUUGCCAUGCUGAUGAAGACCGGACGCCUGCCACAAUUUCCGCCCGGAUUCUUGAGACACCGCCCGCCAAUAAUUCCUGCGAAUGUAGAUCCUGCCACGAGGUCAGCGAUGCUAAAGGAGUUCUUCAGCAAGCACCCGCCACCACCGCUUCCGAUGCAAAUGACUAUGCCGGAUGGGAUGCCCUAUUAUCUGAGUGGACCACCGCCAAUGCCAAGUGGAGCUGUACUUUCUCCAGUGCCAGUUAACGUGCUGCCGCAGCCUAUUCCCGUAUUGGAUGGAAGUGGUUAUCAGGGUUAUUCUGAGCCGGUUGCCAUGGUACCAUCACCAGUUCCAGUUCCUGUUCCUUUACCCGUGCCGCUACCUGUGCCUGUGCCUGUUCCAACCAGUUCUACGCCACCGCCCGCGAUAAUAGCUCCCUAUUUCACACCACCACCGUUGCCCGAGCUGCCAAUUCUUCCCGAACUGCCGUCUCAAUUCACUGUGAGCUCGGUGCCCCCUAUUACAGAAAUAAUGCCAGUCGAUAUACUGCAGAAAUUGGGACCGUUGCCGAAAACUUUAGACGUAGAUGAUGGAGUAGGAUCAGGCAGUCCAGAGGAAGCCAGCAACGAUCUCAAGGAGGCGGAAGCAGAGCCAAUCGAACAGCCAGUGGUGGACGUUAAGCCGCAGCUUCUUGUGGAGACCCAGUAGUCCAUCCUUCUCCUAAUAGUUUCAUUCUUUAGCUAAUAGUUUAUUUAGAUAAUUUUCUUUAAUUGCA